CUGCCUCUCCCUCGAGGCCUCGACCGAACAACUAUGGAUUGGGCUUCCGCCAUCCGCCGCAGGGCCCGCGUGCGCUCUGUCUGUCUCCACGACUCCACGCAUGCUUCAGCUUCACGGAGACACGGUUCACGCCGCGAUCCGGGAUCGCUCUCUCUUUGGGCUACCGGCUCCGCCGCCGCUCCGCCGCCCUAAGCCAGGUGCUGAAGGCCUUCGUCGGUCUUUUCACCGGCGACGACGACCCACUAGGAAAAGAAUUUUCCUGGCAUAUUUUUGUUUCCAGAAAUAUUCGUGUCAAGUUGGUAUGUCAGGGAUCACAGCAAUUUGGCGUCGGUCAUGUCCAUUAGCUGCUAGUCAGAUUCUAAUGGAGACAUAUUUUGGCCCAUCUGUAUCUUCUGGUGUUCUGAGGUGGUUCAGCAGCGGCACUAAGCACUCAAGAAAACCUGAAUUUUCUGUUGCUAACCAUAUCAGGGUGGUGGAUUUGCAUUCUGCUUCUGCAGUUAAUUAUGUGUCAACGAUCAGAAGGUUGCCCCUUUCAUGCCGUAUGGACACUAAUUGGUUGAUUACUUCAAAGUCCAGACAUGGUGCAUUGCCAGGAUUCUUAGGUGUUUCAAGCUUCUAUCGUGGAUACUCCUCAGAUACUGGAAUCAAGCCAGAAGCUUCGCAGAGUGGUGUCUCUAAUCUUCCUUCUACAGAAAGCUCUGAGGUUGGCACUGCAGGUGCUGGUGGGGGUUCAUGGAUUGAAAUCUUGGACAAUGCUCGCAAGUCUACUAUAGAUGCUACCACUGAUGCAGGCAAGAAAGUUAAGGAGCUGACUGAUGCAGUUGCACCUCAUGUCCAGCAGCUAUUUGAUACAUAUCCAAAUCUUGAAAAGGUAGUUGUUCCACUUGGCGGAACAAUAUUUGGUACAAUGAUGGCAUGGUUGGUCAUGCCUAUCAUUCUAAGGAGGCUUCACAAGUACGCAUCACAAAGUCCUAUAUCAGCACUUCUGGGGAACUCCACCAAGAAUGAUGUUUUGUACCAAACUAGUCUCUGGUGUGCAUUAGAGGAUCCUGCAAAAUAUCUGAUCACGUUCAUGGCAUUUUCAGAAAUGGCAACACUUAUUGCACCAAGCGUAUCAACUUACCUUCCACAGGCAUGGAGAGGUGCAUUUGUUCUGUCUUUUGUAUGGUUCCUUCAGAGGUGGAAAACCAACUUCAUUGCUAAAGCUAUGACCAAACUAGAUGCCUCAAGUGUUGAUCGCGACAGGAUAUCGGCAUUUGAUAAGGUUUCUUCAUUGGGACUGAUUGGACUAGGAGUAAUGGGUCUUGCUGAAGCUUGUGGUAUAGCUGUUCAAUCAAUAUUAACUGUUGGUGGUGUGGGAGGUGUUGCUACUGCUUUUGCUGCUAGAGAUGUUCUUGGUAACAUUCUUAGUGGGUUCUCCUUGCAAUUUUCUAAGCCAUUCUCAGUUAACGACUACAUAAAGGCGGGGUCAAUAGAAGGCAAGGUGGUUGAAAUAGGACUCACUUCUACUUCAUUGAUCAAUCCAGAAAAGCUCCCUGUCAUAGUACCCAACUCUUUGUUCUCCAGUCAGAUGAUAGUUAACAGAUCACGAGCUAAUUGGCGAGCUAGUGUGACAAAGAUUCCUAUUCGAAUUGAGGAUAUUGAGAAGGUUCCUUCUGCAUCAGAGGAGAUAAAGACUAUGUUAAGGUCUAAUCAAAAUGUGUCCUUUGAUAGUGAUGUUCCUUACUGCUAUCUCUCGAGAUUGGAAAGUUCAUAUGGAGAGCUCAUCAUUGGAUGCAACCUAAAAAACAUGAGGAAAGAUGAGUGGCUAUCUGCCCAACAAGAAAUUCUUUUGGGAGCUGCUAGGAUUAUCAAAUCACAUGGCAUUGAACUGGGAAGCACCAUGCAGUGCUGUUAAUUCACGCUUCCGGCACUUUUAAGUAAAUACCGUUAGCCUGCAGAAGUGCAGAACUUCAUACAGACGCUACCUAGCCGUUUUGUUCUUCAACGUUUUAUGUCUUCAGACCAUGGACACCCACUACCAAUACUAUUCUGUUACUGCCGUUUUCUUUGGAACUAAGGUCUUGUUUCCUUUUGUGGUCGUCCCUUUUGGUUGGUGCUUGGAUCCGUUUCUGGGAGCUUCUUUGUCUAUGUAUACUGGUGAACGUUUGCACCGCGCCCACGCCUGCCCUGUGGAUGAACCCUGAGCGUUUUAUUGGUCAAUUCUGUGAAAUAUUGGGUUUUAUCCUCGAAAUUCUAGUGUUUUACGUAGUACUCGAUUAACUAGACUAAUAGGUGACCAUCUUGAAGCAAUUCGUGUUUGACACUGAACAUUCCUGAGGACUUGGACUUGCAUGCCCCAGGAUAGAUUCCACCGCUGUUUUACCAUGCUGAACGUAAGAGUACUGACAGGCUGCCAUGAUCAGCAUGUUUCUACAAUUCUACUGAUCUACUUUCACCUUUU